AUGGAGUCUCGUAGCUCUAUCAACAUUCACGAGAGUAAAUCAACUUCUGAAAGUGAAGAUGAGAUUGAGUUCGUUGGAGAAGGACCUUUAAGACCUGUACUUGAAUGCAUUGAUCUUGUCAGUAGUGAGGAUGAAGAACCUAACAGCAGUUCUUAUGUUCACAGAAAUACAAAGCGUAAAGAUCACAUUGACUAUCAGAAAGAACGAGUUGCGUCAACCUUGGAUCGUCUGGCACGCCAUGUUGAAGUAGAAAAACAGCAAAAAGAAGAGAAAAACAAAGCCUUUAAGGAGAAAGUUGAUUCCCAAUAUGCUCACGGGUUGCAAGAACUAGAAUUUAUUCGGGAACACAGUGACACAGAAGCUGCAAGAUUAUGUGUGGACCAGUGGUUAAAAAUGCCAGGUCUCAAACCAGGCACCGUUAACAGUGGAAAAAGGGGUAUUUAUAAGAGGGCAGGUCAGAUGCAAGUCAACAGCAGUCCCAUAUCUUGUCCUGUGAUGCAUUGCAACAGAGAGUUUGAUAACGGACAUCUUCUCCUAGGUCACCUUCAAAGGUUUGAUCAUUCUCCUUGUGACCCAACAGUCACAUUACAUGGACCCCCAAAUAAUGCUGUUGCCUGUGUGAUAUGCUGCAAAAGAUUUUCAACCUCUCAGCAGUACAGUGAUCAUCUUUUAUCUAAGCUAAAUGAAAAUGAUGGACAUAAAAAAGAUCUCCCUCCACAGCAUAUUCAGUGUUUUGCAUGCCCAAACUGCUUCCUCCUUUUCACCAACAGAGAUGAAUGCUUGCAGCAUAUGUCAGGGAAGAACCACUUCCUCCAGGUUUCUAAAUUGAGUGAUGAAAUGAAGGCUGGCCUUCCUCUACCUUUCCCAUCCUAUGCAAAGAACCUUCUGAUAUCUCUGUGCAAAGAGGUCCCCUUCCAAGUGAAGUGUAUAUCCUGCUGCCAGAUACUACGCUCGCAUAUGGAAUUAACAGCUCAUUUCAGAACACGUUGUCGUAAUUCUGGGCCCGUGGCACUGUCAAAGAAGAGCAUCUCCCAAGUUGCAGAGAUAUUUAAAACAAAAGGUCACUGCGAGAACUGUGACAAACUGUUUGCUGAUAAGAAUCAGAUCACCCAGCAUAAGCAAACCACUCAACAUAACAUUAAAGUUCUUACUACAAUGGAAGAGUCCAUCUUGAUGUUCUGUCAUAUCAAUGGAAAAAAUAAAAAUCAGUCUCAUUUAUGCCAUAUUGUGGAUCGGUCAAGACCACUGCUUAAAAGACAUUUGACUUCGAAUGAGUCUACCAGUGAAAGGGGGUCUACUCCUUCAAAACGGAAGAGCGAUUCAAAAGAUAAAAAUGAAGAUCAUGUAGCAAACCAAAGUCAAGGUAGUGCUUGCAAAGUAAAAGCCUGGUUUUGUGAAUGCCUUCAAAAGUUUUUUACAGAAGAGUCAGUAGAAAAGCAUAUUUUAUCAGCAAAUAGGAUCUGUCACAAGUGUGCUGUGUGUGGAAAGCUUGCUGAAAAUUCAAGCAUUAUCCGCCUGCAUAUGAGUCGAUUCCAUGGGGGAGCACACUUGACUAAUUUUCUUCUCUGGUGCAGAGCAUGCUCUGUAGAUCUCGGAGAAGAGGAUAUCAUGGGACAUGUGACUGAAUUUCAUGGUGGACAUAGCUACUAUUAUGAGCAAGAAGCUCUAGAAGAUGAACCUAUGCCAUCCGCUUCUGACACAGCGUGCAUUUCUGCAGGUGAAAGGAAAGAUUGCAUUCCUAGUCCUAUGGAACUCUCCCCUGGAAAAAGUCCUAUUCUGGGAAAAUGGCAAUGCCGCAUUUGUGAGGAGAUGUUUGAAUCUGAAGAGAGCGUUAAACAACAUUGCAUGUCCUUAGAAAGCCAUGCAUUUCACAGAUACUGCUGUGGCUUAUGCAGAAAUCACUUUCGGAAAGUAGGAACUCUACAGCGACACUUCCAAGAGCAUCAUAACCAGGAGGUACAGACUAAAUACUUCUGUGGCCUUUGUGGUAAUCUCUUCUUUGACACACAAGAGGAAUUUCUAAUCCAUUAUAAGGAGAUUCAUAGCAUGGACUAUGCAUUUGUGCCUGAGCAGAUGGAAGUAUCAAUAAAAAAAGAGGAGGACUUCCUCCCGGUAGAAAAAGGAGACCGUUUAACCUGUGGUUGCCGGACAACUUAUGUCUCCAGAAUAAACAGGAGGAACGAUUAUGUGAAUUGUCAGAAAGCCAUGUUGCAAAAAGGAAACUUAUGGUUUCGAUGCUGCUUCUGUUCUGCAACUGCACAAAAUUUUGCUGAUUUGAACAGUCAUCUCAACAGUCACACGUCACUGAAACAUAAGGAAGAGAUGUAUGUUGUUAGAUGUGCUGUGUGCAACAAAAACUUCGACGAUCUUCAGAGCGCACAUCAGCACUAUCACAUGAAACACUGCUUCCUGCAGAAACCUGAUCUAUCAAGUCUUGCAUCAGAAUCAGAAAAUACAGUAUUCAAGUUCACAGCAAGUGGGGCUUGUGUGGACAGAAAACCUGACAAGCUAAAAUUUCAAGCAUCUCCAUCCAAGACUCAGGAAAGACCACAGUCGUCUCCUCCGCAUGGACCAAUACAGGGAAAGAAAGAAAAAAAGGAGAACUUGGCACACUCUGAAGAACCUGGUGAAGAUGGUGAACUUCCUGAUCUUGACUACCUGAGUACCAUGACUCACAUUGUGUUGGUGGAUCUGGACAACUGGGGAAGCUUAUUCUCGCAGCUGCCAGCUAACCUGAACCAAGGGACAUUUAUCUGGGGCUUUCAAGGAGGAUACAGCAACUGGAAACCUCCAGUGCAGUGCAAAAUUUACAAUUAUCUUAAGAGGAUUGGAUGCUUCUUUCUUCAUCCACGUUGCGGUACCAGAAGAGAAGCAGCAGACUUUGCGCUCUGUGUUCAUGCUGGCCGUCUGGAUGAGCACCUGCCCAAGCAAAUUCCUUUCACUGUACUUUCUGGAGACAAAAGCUUCCUGGAACUGGAAACUCAAUUUAAGAUGACCCAGCGGUCAGCUCGCAUACUAAAUCCUCACCACAUUGAAGGAGACAUGAUGUGUGCUUUGCUAAACAGCAUUUCAGAUACCACAAAAGGUAGAAAGUAA